CUCAAAUAUAUCGAUAAAAAAAAAAAUUAUAUUUAAAGAUAUGCCGGAUCGUAAUACAAGGAAACCAUCAUACCAGAUUCUUAGCGAACAAAAAAUUCGAAUGAUCAUAACAGAAUUUUUUAUUCUCCUGAUUCUGCUCGUUUGCACGCAAUUAAUUACAGAAACCGCGGUUCACAAAUACUCCUACUAUAGCUACACGCAGACAAAGAAUGCAUUCGUUAGGGAGUCGAACUACAGGUCACACCAUAAGUACAUUGGCCCGGUUUUCAAAAAUGUACAGAAAAUAUGGGAUAUAUGGGAUUUUGCCACAUAUAAUUAUCUAUAUAUUCUACACAAUGAGAAAAACUUAACCAAGGAUAAGAGAACAGAAUUUCCACAUCUAUUCAACAUGGGACUAAUCAUUGGUGUACCAAGAAUACGACAGAUACGCGUCAGGGACAUGCAUUGCCCGCAAAAAAUCAAUUUUUUCGACUUACACGGAAAGAAGUGUUAUCCAAGUUAUUCAUAUAAGCGUGAGUUUAAAGGAACCUUUCAGCAGGUAGACUACGUGGCAGAUGCCAAACGUCUGAAACCAACUUUUGUCAGAUACGCCGGCGGAGGAUUUUCGAUUAACCUGGAUUACGAUUAUGAAACUAAUAAGAACUUGUUGAGGAAUCUGAAGAGAUCGAAAUGGAUUGAUUCGGCCACACGUCUGGUUGUAAUCGAAUUCAGUGUCUACUUCGAGGACAUCAAUAUGUUUCAGGUUCUUAAACUAAUGUUCGAAAUCAUGCCGACGGGACUGGUGACGCCCUCAGAAUUCAUACAAGGCAUUCAGCUAAACAGCUUCCUAACCUUUACACUCUUAACCAUUUCUGCUGGACUUAUCUUUUCCAUCAUCGUUAUUUACUAUACAUAUGUUGAAAUUCGGGAAAUUAGAUGGGUCGGCGUAUCGGCCUACAAGAAUAAUAUCUAUAAUUAUGUUGAUGUAUUCUUCCUGAUUGCAGCAUACUGCGUGCUGUUUUAUAAUAUCUGGCACGUAGUGACGGUUCGAGACAUCGAGAAAGCCUACGAAAAGAACCGCAGUGGAUAUAUAAAUUUGGACAAGCUGAGUACAGGCUGGAAUGUGUACCUACAUAUGUUGGGCAUCAUGAAUGCGUGUGUUUGGCUCAAGCCAAUACGAUUCGUCUCGUUCCACAGGGCUAUUCAACAGGUGCUGGCUGCCAUGAAAGUGUCCAUUAAAAGCAUAUUGGGUUUAUGCUUCUUCUGUCUGAUCUCGAUUUACGCAUUCGCCCAGUUGGGCUGCAUUGCAUUCAGCCAAUCGAACGAGGAGUAUACAACUGAGUUUUCAUCCAUACUUGCCCAGAUUCGAUUCGUUAUGAACGACAUCUCCUAUAGCUCUCUGGAAGAUGCUCACGGAGUGCUCGCACCAUUCUUCUUUGUUGUUCUCGCUAUAGUCGCCUAUGCCAUUAUCUUGAAUCUAUUCAAAGCGAUUUAUCUGAGCGCCGAUUCGGCUGUGAAGAAGCAAUUGAUCGUCAAUGAUAUUGUAAUAGCUCGCAUGCUGCAGCUCGGCUUCAAGCGUUACCUUUACUUCUGGCGCAAGCGUAAAACAGAGCAGAUCGACCUGACGUCAAAGCUGCGACCUAGCGAGAAAUUGCCUGGGAUAAGUGAGGAGAACCAAGCGCAACCAAGACCAAACCCCACUCAACAAAUACAAAUAAUUAACCAGCUUCGCGAGCAACUGGCAAUUGAGAGCGAGAAGUGUGCGCGCAUCGAAAGAAUUAUGGAGAUAAUUGUGGACAUAAUGGAAAACAUUGAAAGGCUACACAACAACAAUAAUAUAUCAAAAGAAACGAAAUACUAA